AUGGGUCGGGUGAUCAGAGCUCAGAGGAAAGGUGCGGGUUCUGUGUUCAAGUCCCACACACACCACCGCAAGGGCCCCGCUCGCUUCCGCAGCCUCGAUUUCGGCGAGCGCAAUGGCUACCUCAAGGGCGUCGUCACCGACAUCAUCCACGACCCCGGCCGUGGAGCGCCGCUGGCGAGGGUCACCUUCCGCCAUCCGUUUCGAUACAAGCAGCAGAAGGAGCUCUUCAUCGCCGCCGAGGGGAUAUACACCGGCCAAUUCCUGUUCUGCGGGAAGAAGGCCAACCUGAUGGUGGGGAACGUCCUCCCUCUCCGUUCCAUCCCCGAGGGAGCUGUGAUCUGCAACGUGGAGCACCACGUCGGUGACCGAGGUGUCUUCGCGCGCUGCUCCGGUGACUAUGCUAUCGUCAUCAGCCAUAACCCCGACAAUGGCACCAGCAGGUGAAUCUCUCUGCUCCCAUUUCAUUUGUUUUUCUUUAACGGUUUUUCGUUGUCAACCUCUGCUAUUGGGAAUGGUAUCAGGCCUGAGUUGAUGGCCUGGAGUCUCCAUCCACUGUAUUUGAAUGCCUUCUUCCUAUCAGUCACCAGCCUUGAGCUAGGAUCCCAUGCCCCAAAAUGUACUGACCUCGGGGCUCUAGUGCGAACCAUCGUCCGGGGUACGACUGUUGCUUGCAAAUGCUAGAUCUCCUGGAACUGCAUAAACACUAGAUCCAGUUGAAAAAACUAGAUACAUAUCUUGACACUUAAAGUCAGCGCCGUGUAGGUUUAUAUCUUGUGAGCGUCGUCGUUCCUUUCUUCACUCCUCACUGUGAUUACACAAACGCACUCACAUAUGAUAUAUCCGCAACAUCUCGCUGGGUUUACGCUUCUACUGUGGGUAUCGGCAACAUUCCACUGCGUACUCUGGUGAUCUCUUGCUUCUUAUUAGUUCAUUAAAUAAGUUGUUGUCUGUAAGAUUAUUUUCUCCGGGGGAAUAAUUCUCCAAUUUAUCGAAUUUGUUAGCUUAUUUUCUCCGUUUCUCAAUCGGAUUCGUAAAUGACGAAAUUUACUCCUGAAUGAUUAAUAUACAUUCCGUGAGAUUUGAUUUAAUUCUGUUGGUUGCUAACAACGUGAGAGUCUUUAAGAUAUUUCUCCAAGUGGUUCCUUAUUAUUCGUCCAUUAUCUUUCCCUCUAACGUGCUGUCGAUCAGAUCUCUGGAAUGGGUCUUAUCAGAUUUAUAAUUAUGAAGCCAUAUAUAUUUUCUUAAACUCUCAACGUUGACGAUUGAGAACUGCUACCCAGUUCAGGGUCGAGCUCAAUAGUCAACGUCCAUCAAAGGUUAUCCUCUGCUUUUCCCACCGUAGAGGUUUAGAUGCAGAGAUUAGUCAUAUAUUUAGGGCUACUUCCCCACACCGUGGUAGCUUCGUUAUGGCGAUUCUAAUCUCGAGUCGUUGAGCAUCUCACACAGAUUUUUUUCAUAAAAAAAUAUUAUUAUUACUCAUAAUCACUUUUUUUUGAGUUUUCAACUUCCGCUGAGAGGAUUCGCGCCCUGGUUUUCUCAUAGAAUCGAUGAUUGCACAGGAUCAAGCUGCCUUCCGGGGCGAAGAAGGUCGUGCCGAGUGGGUGCAGGGCCAUGAUUGGCCAGGUCGCCGGCGGCGGGAGGACAGAGAAGCCGAUGCUCAAAGCGGGCAACGCCUUCCACAAGUACCGCGUGAAGAGGAACUGCUGGCCCAAGGUCCGCGGUGUGGCCAUGAACCCGGUCGAGCAUCCCCACGGAGGAGGUAACCACCAGCAUAUCGGCCACGCCAGCACCGUCCGCCGUGAUGCGCCGCCAGGCCAGAAGGUCGGUCUCAUCGCCGCCAGGAGAACCGGUCGGCUCCGUGGGCAGGCCGCCGCCACCGCCGCCAAGGCAGAUAAGAGUUCUUGA